AUGUCUACCACACCUCAAGGUCGCUCACCGUCUGUGGUCUCCCCGGAGAGAACACCACCGAACACAGCUUCCGCUUCCACCGUUCUGGAGGAUCAUCUAUCCUACCCUGCGGCGGCCGAACCGGUUGUGCCAGUAGCGUCAUCGUCGUCGUCUGCUACAGAGGCGCGGCCUCUGCUGAAGGAUCGCCUGUAUGUCGGGAAUCUGCAUCCAAGUGUUGACGAAUACACGCUCCUUCAAGCCUUUUCAAAGUUUGGCAAGAUCUCCAAGCUCGACUACCUCUUCCACAAGUCUGGUCCGCUCAAGGGCAAACCGAGAGGCUAUGCGUUCGUGCAGUACUCCAACAAAGACGACGCCGAGAAGGCGCUCACGCAUGCGAACGACAAACUUCUCCGCGGCCGCAAGCUCGUCGUCACAUAUGCGAACCAGGCACCCCUCGAUGCGGCCUCGGGCGCGCUAGGCGCUGGGGCGAAGAAUCGGAGAGCGAUCAGCGAGGUCGGGAAGCCGACCACGCUCAGUCUGCUGAAGAGUGCUGGCAGAGGGCGAUCCGAUGCGAUGGAUGCUAAGAUCGCGCGCAUGGAAGCGAAAUUGCGGCAGCUAGAAGGCGCCUCCGCUGCGCCGAGGGGCACCGGAGGCACGUCAGCCUCGGCGUCGUCGUCCUUGCCCGCACACCCCUCGCUUCCGCCGAAGCCCAUCGCUGCCACAGCCGCCCUGGAGAGCGGCGGUCCACGACAAACAUCUGCAACAUCCUCGGCGAUGGGGGUUCGCCAAAGCGGCGCCAAGUUCAAAACCCGGAUGCCCGCCCUCCCUUUGCCUUCUUUACCCAUCACUCCUCCUGCUCAGUCUCUGAAGAGGUUGUCAGAAAAGGCGCCCCUGCCUUCACCGUCUGCGUCGACAAACCCUAAGAUCAAUCUGAACAAAAAGUCUGGUCUCGCAGGGGUCAAAAUCGUGAAGUCAAAGCCAACACAUUCUGCGGGGUAA